AUGGCAAAUGAACAGAUUCCAACAUGUCGCUGGGGCAUCCUCACCGCUGGCCUUAUUUCCUCCUGGUUUGUCUCAGAUCUCGUCUCUCCAAGGGAAGAUGCGAAAGCCAACCAUAUCAUCCAUGCUAUCGGCGCUUCAUCUGUCAAAAAGGGUCAAGACUUUGUCGAUAAAUUCGUGACCAACGUCGAAAAUAAGCCUUUUGUGUACGGUACCUACGAAGAGCUUUUCAACGACCCCAAGAUCGACUGUAUCUACGUCGGCAGCCCUCACGGCUUCCACUACCGUGAUUGCAUGGCAGCCAUCAAUGCUGGAAAGAACGUUCUAUGCGAGAAAGCUUUUACAAUCAAUGCUCGUGAAGCCCGCAGCGUUUUCGAGGCGGCAAAGGAGAAGGGAGUCUACGUUGCUGAAGCCAUGUGGCUCCGUCACCGACCCAUGAUUGCCGAGAUCAGAAAGCAACUUUACGAAGAUAAGGUGAUCGGGGACGUUACUCGCACCAACUGCAAUUUCCAUGCACACUGGGACUUGGAUGCUUUGCCCGAGACCUCGCGACUUAAGAACUUAGAAUUAGGAGCUGGAACUCUGCUUGACAUCGGUAUUUACUCACUCACCUGGGCUAUUUUAACGUUGGACCCUUCAACCACUGCUGCUGGUGGUACAAAGGCUGCGGCACAGAGUGAAAUUGGUAGCGAAAAGCCCAAAAUCAUCGCGACACAGUCAUUCAACGGCGACGUCGAAGUUGCGACAAGCGCCAUCUUACAUUACCCCAGCAGCGGACGCCAAGGAGUCAUCACGUCAACUGGAAGCUCUCCACGCGGUGGCUCGCAUAUCUUUGGGACAAUUGAGGGCACUAAUGGAUUCAUUGAGCUGGAAGGCAACGCGCCAUCUCAUCCAACUGCCUUUGUGGUUUACCCUCAAUGGUCUGAGGGUACCAAACCAGAGGGCAAACGUUAUGAAUGGAGCCUGAAACCUCGACAAGGGUUUCAAUUCGAGGCGGACAACACGGUAUUGGAUCUACAGGCUGGCCGAAAGGAGAGUCCUAUCAUGCCCUGGUCUGAGACUGUCCGCGUUAUGGAGAUUAUGGAUGAGAUCCGACAACAGGGCGGCACAAAGUAUCCUCAGGAUAAAUAG